AUUUUGUGACGUCAUAGCUCGGUGAUGGUUGUGCCAGGUGAAUGAAAGUUGUUCUUUCGACAAUUCACGUCUGAUAACGAAUAACAAAUCUUUUAAACACAAAGGUGAAAGCGAGGCGCAAAAAACAAUAAAAAUAGUUGUAAUUUUUUUUUGGAAUGCUUUGUUUUGGUUACACUUUAAAUUUAAAUUGUUAGCAAAUAUUUAUAUGGAAUAUUUAUAUUGGACCAAAAACAUGAGCACAACGAGAUUUCAACGUCAACAAUGCUAUCUUUGUGACUGCCCUAGAGCUCCUUGGGCUAUUUUAAACGAUUUUAGCGAACCUAUUUGUCGUGGAUGCUGUAAUUAUGAAGGCCCUGAACGCAUUGAAACUGUAAUAGAUUAUGUUCGAUCGUUAAGGAAAGGAUGGGAUCAGCAAGUUAGAGCAUUAAAACCAAACAUGAAUUCUACUGGAACAUCUAUUGGAUCAACUCCAAGUCCUAGUGGUCACUCAAACGGAUCGAUGGAGACUAAUGUGAGUAUAGCUAAUAAUGCUUAUUCUUUUUCUCAAUAUAAUGGUAUGCCACAACAGCUAGACCAUUUUCGUUUUUUACACAAUGUGAAAAGUGAACAUCAUGUUCCACCUGAAAAUCAUGUAGGUGAAAACUUCAAUCAAAAAAAUGUUUUUGCAGUUCCUAAUGAAUCUUCUAUUAACCAAACAUCUCAAAUUGCUCCUUUGAGCUCUCGGAAUGCUGAUGAUACUCAUGAUGAACAUCGUCGAUUUUUAACUAGUCUUGCUGUGAACAAUACCAAAGAUAAUCAUGUUAGAGUUCCAAUUAUACAUAGACCAGAAUAUUCUGAAUAUCCUGAUAUUGUGAGAGAAACUUUAGAAGUGUUAAAUUCAUGUGUACCAUUUGAUAUACGUUUUAAAAAGGAUCAUAAUCACAUUGGUCGUGUAUUUUUAUUUGAAGCUGCACCAAGAGCAGGUACAACUUCACCAAACGAAUUUGAACUUAAAAUUCAUAUUGAAUAUCCUCGUGGAUCUGAAAAUUUUUGUCAAAGUGCUUCUUCGGUUGCAAAACAAAUGUAUCAAGAUUCUAUGAAAGAUUAUAGUAGAGGGCUUUCUUCAGGUUUUAAAUAUCUGGAAUAUGAGAUCCAUGGUAAUGAAUGGAGAUUACUUGGUGAUUUGCUUCCUGAGCAAAUUCGUAUAUUUAAAGAACCUAUUGGUCGGGUGUUUUUACCAAUGCGAUUAAUUGAUUACCCUAUAUUUCACUCAAUGCUAGGGCCUCCACUGCCUGGUAGCUCUAAGUAUCGGCCUAAAAGAAAAGCUGAUGAUGUUGAAGUGAUUGGAGCUCCCUCUAGAGCUCCUCGGCGCACAUACAAAGAAAGGGAGGAUGAGCAAAUUCAACGACAUUUAUGGAUGCAAUCUCAAGUUGAUGCAUUAAGACUUUCAAUGGCACAUUUAACAGGAACCCCUGAAGAUGCAAUACAUCUUAAUUCAAUUCGGUCUGGUAAUAUGCUUGAUCUCCACCACCACACAACACCCCAUACACCUUUAACACCCCAUACACCUUUAACACCAAACAGCCAAAAUCUAGGAGCGCCUCAUCAACCAUCUCCUAAACCAUGGGGUGUGUCAGCUUCAAUGGCAGCAUUAAUAAGUGCUGCUAGUGCAGAAACAAACGGAAAUUCAAAGGAGCCUAGAAAACUGUUGCCAGAAAGUAGUAAAUCUAAAUCUCCAUUGCAUGAAAAAUCUCCUCAUCACGAAAAAGAGAUACUCGAAAUAAAAGAUAACUUAAAAUCAGAGGAAAUAAAUGAGCAUAAAGAAGACAAUCUAAAUAAAAAAGCAAAUAUGAAGAAUGCAAGUAAAAUAAAAUGUAGUAUUUGUGAAGAUUGGUUGGAUGAUUCUCAUUUUGUACAAUGUCCUUCUGUACCAGCUCAUAAAUUUUGUUUUCCAUGUUCAAAAGAUAGUAUUAAGAAACAAGGGUUUGGAAGUGAUGUUUUUUGCCCAAGUGGUAAACAAUGUCCACUUAUUGGUAACAAUCUCCCUUGGGCUUUUAUGCAAAGUGAAAUACAAACAAUUCUUGCAACAAAACCACGUUCUAGAGUAUCUCUUAAAGAAGAAAGCAUAGAAGAUAAAUCUUAAUUUUUUAGUUCAGAUUUGAUGUUUUUGUAACUGUGAGUAUAUGUGUCUGAGUGUUUGUUUAUAUACAUUAUAUCUCUAGAUUUUUUUUUUUUUUUUUUUUUUUGAAUCUUUUCAA